AAGCUAAACAUUGUUAUGAUUAUCAAACAAUGAGUUCAGUACUUCAAGUUUUGAGACAAGCAGAUGCACUGAAAGCAAGUAUAUCAGAUUCCUCUAAAUGUGUGUCUGAGACAUGGGUUGUGAGACAAAGGUUGGAGGAUCUGUACAAGAAAUUACUCCUUAUGGAUUUGGAGUAUGCCCUGGAUAAAAAAGUUGAACAGGACUUAUGGAACUAUGCAUUCAAGAAUCACAUCAACAUUUUACAGAUACAGACAAAGGAUAGACAGAAUACUAAGAGAGGUGAAACACAUGCUACCCUCAACCUCUUUCUUGAAACUGCAAGUGGAUUUUACCUACAGUUAAUACAAUUGAUUUGUACAACUUUCAAGUUGGAUUUGCCAUUUAGAAGAAAAUCAUCAUGUUUUGGGAUAAUGAAAGAAAAAUCUACUCUUAGAGUAAAGAUUGUGCCACCAAAAAAGAGUUCAUGCCUGUAUGUCUGCCAGUACUGCUUAGUUCACUUAGGUGAUAUAGCUCGGUACAGACAACAGGUGGAACAAGCCCAAACAUUUUACUGGCAUGCUGCAAACCUUGUGCCAUUCAAUGGACAACCAUACAAUCAGCUAGCUAUUGUAGAGGCUGCAAGGGGAAACAAGUUAACCACAGUUUUUUAUUAUAUCCGCAGCCUGGCUCUCCGACAUCCUUUUCCUGCUGCUGCUACUAAUUUGGAAAAAAUGUACACAAAACUCACAAAAGACAUACCUGAACUGAAAGGAAAGCUCUCUGUGAGUGAAAUGAUCACAUCGUUUCUCCAACUUCAUGCAUGUAUUCAUCUUUGCACUGAACUUGACAGAGCAGCAGCAUUGAGUUCUAAACUCCUGGCAGCCUUACCAGCCCAUGUAACAUCCCAGAGUUUUCCAUCCCUUAUUCUGGUACAAAUUGUGGCUAUAAAUAUCUUCUCCAUGCACCAUGCCCAACGUAUGACUCAGUAUCAGGACAGUGAGGAACAGUCUGAUUCCUUCAAUGAAGAACUUGGCAGUGAAGAGCUCAGAUCAUUUUCUUUGAUGUUCAGUUUUACAAUUGGCAUUUUGGAUUUGCUCUUACAAAACACCCCGAAGCAAGAACAGAAACUUAAGGAGUUUUUCACUCUGCCAGCAGUCAAGCUGUUGCUUGACUGGUUCAAGUUAAAUCCUUUGCAACUUCAAAACCCAAUCCUAAAAUCUUCAAGUGUAAUGACAAACUUGAGCAAGGUUUUGAACAACAUCAGACUGCCAGAUAGUGAAGGAAGUCCAAAUAUUUCCAAAUAUGAUGAUCUGCCAUUACCAGAGGAUACUGAAUUGAGAUGUUUCCAAUACUUGGAAAAAGCACAUAGCUCCUAUAGUUACAGUCGAUUACCAACAGAAGGCCUGCCAUUAGAGGUGGAGUCAAUGCUACGAUGUUCAAGAAUUUAUGCCCAUGGGAAAUGGUUAGCAGAGGAGACAGAAAGUCUGAAUGCACAACCAGGCAAGUCUGGAAGACUUCAGUUUACUGCUCCACUAGUUCAAAGAGUAACAAUGGACAGUGAAGUGCUGUUUGUAGAAAAGAAACCAGUUCGACAAAAUAUUGCUAUACAGGCAAUAAUUCAAAAGAAAGGCCAACAUCAAGCUACAGAUAAAAGUCCUAGAGUUGUUCCAACUAAAAUUCAAGAAAGAGUAAAACCUCCACUUGAUGGUGCUGAGCCUGUAAAAACAACUGUCUUGACUGCAGCUUCAGUUCCGAAUUCUCCAAAGUAUCUGCUAGGAGUUCCAACAACUGAACCUUUGUUCAUGAAGGGCACCAGUAGUGGUGUCACAAGUAGUACACGACCUGGAACUCAGAGUUCAAGAGUACCCGUAACACAACAACCACCUAGACUGCAAAAACAGAUAAUGGCCCAACAGGGGUCAUCCCAGCUAUGUUUAUGGCAGGAGAAUGUAACACCACAAAUACUUAGCAAACAGGUGUCAGUAACUCCACAGCAACAGCAAAAAUUAUUGUGGCCAUAUUCUGUCCAACAACAGCAAGAACAAAAUACAUCAAAGUGUGACAACAGCUCUUCUCCUCAGUUAACACAAAAUGAUGCCAGUCCUAGUAAAGUAGGACAACAAUCAAUUCAGCAAACAACAGACAGUCAAAAGUCACAGCUUCUUGAAAAGCAGACACAAAAUGUUUUUCUGAAUAUGAAUUCUGAUUUCAGAAUAACAAGAAGAUUUCCAGGAAUAUCUAAAACAUCUUCAGUAACAUCCAAGAAUACAUCAAUAAAUGCCAGGAAUCCAAUCCCUAGUCAGAGCAACACACUUUCAGGAAAUACUACCACCAGUGCAAUGUUUAGAUUCCCUCCCCCUCCAUUUACACCAAACAGUAAGCAGUUCUCUUCUGUGUCAUUUGAUGUUCCACCACCCCCACUUCCACAGACAAUUAACAUGUCUAACUUAGAAAUAGCUGUGAGACCUGGUUUAUCACAUCAACACUCUGGUCACCAGCACUCUGAAAAAAAUCAACAGAAGCCCUUGGAAGACAAUGCUUUCCAGCAAAAUUCAACUCUUGUAAAUCCUCAAAGGGCAUCCCAGAUGGCUAAUUAUACAAACAAUCCAAAUCAACAACACCCCAAGAACAGUCCACAUUCAGGAAAUAUUGGGAAUCAAAUGCAUGGAGGGAUUAGAAACAUGUUUCAAAAUCCUCCACCACCAAGCUUUCAGCAAAUGACACCUAGAAAUGAGAGACCACCAUUUGGAGGAACUUCAAAUGACAGGUCACCCUUUGGGGGAACAAACUCCCAGACAGUGCCAUCCCAAAUACAAAAUUCUGCCUCACAGUUUCACUUGUUAAAUCAGUUACUGAAUGCUGGGAUUGGGAGGAUGAAUGUGAGGCCUCUGGGCAUGCAAAGUUCAAUGGAGAACUCUGGAAAGAAAGAGGAUCUUCCUUUUGUUCCUCCCGAAUUGCUUGGAGCACUUUCACAGCUGGCUAUUCAGGGAACACCUAUACAUGAAACAGGAAAUUCUCCGAACAGAAGCCCAGUGCCUGGACCAGAGGUAGAGACUUGUGCAGAAAGAACAGGACAACAGCCAACCCAACAAGGGACGUACUCACUAUUCAGUAGCUCACCCUGGUCUGUACCACUGUCAACAGCAGACAACAAAAAUACUGGCUCAUCUCCUUUCUCUGAAGAAACAAACAGUGUAGGAAAUUCACCACAGUCUGAUGUAAUGGAGCCAAAACUUCCACAAGGAAUUGAUAUGGGUCUUAGGUUUGGUCCCACUGAGGAAAUGUGGCAUGAUAAAACUCAGAAGAUUGCUUCACUUGCAGAACAAACUGCUGCUUCAGGACCAGGACCCUAUUUUCCUGGACCAUUACAGUCUAUUUGGUCUUCUCCUGGUCCUUCUCCUUUGGAAAAACUUCUGGAAAUGCAGAAACAGAAGAAAACCACAGACCCUCACUGAAAUAUCUGCCACUAAAUAGUGGGUCUUCAGAC